AUGGCACUACAAGGACACUUUAAGGGACUUCCGAACCAGCGUCAGAUUAGUCCGGGGACCUGGGAGAACGGCGCCCGGUACAGACGAGCCUGGAAAAGAGAAGCAAUAACCGGCGCAGCCAUCUACGAAGCCAAUCUCGUCACCUCUGCCAAAGCUAAAAUGAAGGCUUGCAACUCACAAGUGCCUCACCUCCUCACCGCUAACCAUCCGCAAUUCUCAACAUUCCCACACUACCAACGCGUAUUCCGCGCUCGGAUCUGUCUCAUAGAACACUUUCGGACCCCAUAUGCCAAAAACCUGACAUCUACUUCCCUCACUUUCAACCCUGUCGCAAACCCCUUGCCGAAUUCCACUCUAAUCACCGCCAAACACACUGUCGCUGUCCCGCCGCCAUCAACCAGCGACAACAUCCGCCCUGGUGCUGGUGCUGGUUGGUGCACGAUCACUGUUUUUUCUGUGCUGAUGGUCAGCCCGAAGUUUGCGCAGCCGGAGGCGAAGAGAUCCGUGCUUCUUUGCAUGACUGUUUCUGUUUUGGCGCUGAGGAUAUCGAUAUGUGAUGGGUUGGAAAAUGACAAUUUCCAAAUCAAGCUUUACGGAGGCGAAAUAGAGUGCAGGCAAGCGGUUAUAUCCAGUCGUCUCCCCAAUCAUUUCUGUCAGUGUCCGCCGUUGGGGGUUCUUAACCCCCAGCGCGUGUAUGCGCAUCGGCUCUGCCUGGGCUGUGUCUGUGUGCAUCCAAUCAACAAAGGAGCAGCGUUGACUGAAUGUUGCCGAGUCUCGGGCAGCUCUGGUAAUAAAACGAAUGGGGGCGUGGAACAGACGCGCCACCGUCCCGCCGUGGGACUGAUGUACUGUGCCUAAAUUAUGCAGGACAACCGGAUUUCUGCAUGGUUUUCCAGAGUCCAUUGCAAUUAACCGUCUCGAGGGCUUUCGUCAAGUCCAUGAAGGUAUUUUGGAAGUUGCGUCGCAGUUUCUAAAACUUCUCCUGCAUUUAGUGGACGGCAGAGAUCAUGUUAGUGCUGCCGCAGUGUCGUCAGAUUUACCAUAGGGAGGGAUAUAUGCUGAUGUACCGUGGGGAUGGAGCCUCCAGAGUCGACCUCGUUUUCUUUUCCGUCUCCGUACACCAGACGACUGUCCAAGCUUGUCAGCUAUCUGAUGAGUGGAUUAAGAGCAAGCGACUAACGCGACAAUAGUCCGCGUUUAGGCAUGUCACCCCUCCUCCCAUGUAUGGCAUUUAUUAUCGGUUCGCAGACCGACUAACGUGUGUGUGCCCUUGUAUAGCUCCGGAGUUGGUUUGGCGCAUGCCCCGGGUGGUCGGUUGUGAGGGCAAAACAUACACACGGGCUGACUGCGAGGUCCUAAUUAUACCGUUUGUUGGUAACCCUCCAGUCCACGACUCUUAAUGCGUCCUGUUAGAAUAAAAUACACCAGAUUUAUUAUAUUGAGGAAUGUGGUGAAGUAUCGGGUGGAAUGAAAACCCCAGAGUCGACCUCGUUUUCUCUCUUCCCUCUUCCGUGCACCAAACGACUGUCCGAGCUCUCAGAAUUUGGUGAUGUUAUUAGACGCGGCGGUUGACAGUCCUGUAGGACAUUGCUACAUUUACCACACAUGACCCAAUUGGGCACCGGUCCGCACCAAAUUGCAUGCUUACACUGAUAUGAGAGGUGGAUAUUAUCCAUAGGUUUGUGUUGGUGUAUGGGCUGGUAAGGUGAGAUGUGGCUGAUGAGGUUUGAUUUACGGAAUUUUAUCAUAGAUUUACUUGGAGAAGCGUAUGGGCGAGUAGGUCCAUGCGGUGAACAAGUUUGCGUGGGCACUGUUGACAGUUGAGUCGGUUGCAGCAGGUGUAUGUUGGUGCUCCUUGCCCCGGUUCGCCAGUUUCAGUACGAUGGACUCACAUGUGACCGUUCGGGGCAAUGUGCUUUUCUAGUGGGCGGCGACAAAGCGGCUGGAUUAGUGUGUAGACACUGGGCUGGUGACGAUUGCAGGGAUGGUAACGGGGGAGUUUUCGGACGUGCGAGGACUGCAACCUUCCAAUUCGCAACUUUUUGCGCGUCAUGAUAGACUCAUGCGUGUCCGAUUUAUUAUGGUGUCGAAUGCGUUGAGUUACCGCGGGUCCGAGUCGGCCAAUCAUUUGAAGAGUAAACUGGGCGCAGUGGCUGAGCGAACUAGACAGCCCGUCUACGUGCGCCGCAGACGACCUAGUCGCCGUCUCAUGCAUCAGGAUGCACCAAAGUACAUGUUUCCCGCAAGCGCAUGUUUUGAGAUAUGACGUUUUGCUGGCUAUACCCGCAACUGCAAAGCCGGUCAAAGUCUUACUGGCAGAAAGAGGUAUGAUUGUCAUAGGGUGUGGCGGGUGGUGCGGAGGAUGUUCGUAUGUCAAUGGUAGUGAAAUCGCGAUUCCCAGGCGACAUGUCAAAAGAAAAAGAUGCGUUUACCGGGAGAUAUUUAUAGGUCUCAUGUUUUGAGUAGUUAUUUCGUCCAUCCAUCAUUGGAGACUAGAAAGUCACGUGCACAGAUCUCUCAUUAUGUGGCUCACCUCGUUUGAUGCCUAGCCAGCCAAUGCCGCCUGUGUGUCUGCAUCCGACCCGCAUUUCAUCGCGUCUUGUGUCACUCCCGACCCCACUGACCGCAGAGAAAGUUGGCGGUCCUGAUUGUUCUUCGCCGUGACUGUCGCCAGUAAAGAGUGUUCGCAAAACCAAAUAGGUGGAGGCAAAUUAAUGUGGCUGUUGACGGAGUAGUUCGUGGACAUUCAGGCUGCUUGCACCUGUUCUGCUGUAUGAUCAUCGCCUCGGCCCACAAGCCUAAUGGCAUCAAAAUUGCGUGGCUUGGGUUGCCACCGUCUUUGGGUUCAACCUUCACACGGCCAAAUGAUGCUUGUACAUUCGCGUUUGUGGCCGUCAGCCGGUUUCCCUCAGCGAAGUUGCACAUCCCGCAGCUGCACUUAAGUCGGUGGACAACGGCCGACAUCUCUUGUUUAGGGACAGGGUUUUUUGACCGCCUCGCUUGCCGGCGGAUUGUUGAAUUAGGCCCGUGGACAACUCCGAUCUGGAGUGGCGCGAGGGAUCUAGCCAAAGCUUCUGAGACUCCCUUCAUGUAUGGAAUGCUCCCUUUCAACUUUGGCUGAUUUUACUUUUCAGGGGUUGGAUAUGACUGGCUGACGUCGGCUAAUGGGCCAGAAAUGGCCAUUUCAGUCUCCCUUGUCUUUUCGGUAAUGCUAUUCUGCGUAUACCAUGCGCCGCUGUGUGGCUGCUGUUUGGGCUCGAGAAAGAGCCCGUGAGGCACAUCGGAACGAAUGAGUUUCGUAAAAAAGAUCGGUGAUCGCCCCUCGAUUACAGUUUCAUAUGUGUUGCAGUGGGUGGUUACUGUUGUGACUGAGCAUUUUCAGUGUGUUCGUCGGUCUUCUGUUGACAGCCGUCACCAGUUUUACAUCUGGUUGGCGGCAGGUAAUAAAAUCUAAGGGUGGAAUUUUGUCCUCUGUUUCUUCUUUAAUCGUGAACUGUGGGUCGGAAAUGAUCGAGUUCAUUUGUUCCCCAAAGUACUUGAUUUUAUUCCAGCGGAUUAUUACGAAGAUGCCGUUAACGCAUCGCGCGAAAAACGUGGGUUUAUACUCCUCAAACAGUCACCUGUCGAGUUUUUGCAGAUUCGCCACGGCAAUAAGUCCGAAGAUUGGUGAACCCGACGGAGUGCCCUUAACUAACUGAUACGUGAUCCCUUCAAAGGCAAAUAAUGUUUUGAGGAAGUGCUCCGUGCCUUCUGUGUGAUCCUGAGCUGUGGGCUGACUAUCACUCUCAUCGUGAGUUUGAAGUAUCUGGUCACUGAGCUUUUCGACCGCAAGGGUCUGCGGUAUGAACGUGAAGUGUGAAAUGGCGUUAAAUGGCACCAUCCUUUCAGUCGGUUCGAUUGUAACUGCCCUUACUUUGUCAAGAAGUUGCUCUGCUGAGUGCACUGUUGUUUGUGAGUCGCGGUGAGGAACAUCAGCUUCUGAAAUAGCCAGUUUGCAAGCCCGUAUGUGGGUGUGCCUCAAAAUGAGACGAUUGGUUGGAGGAGAACAUCUGGCUUAUGUACUUUUGGAAGUCCGUAGAAUUGCGCCACAGCUGUUUCUGUGGGCUUUUCCAUAUACAAAUCUUUGAUUGUGGUAUUCAUGCGGUUCUUUACUAGAGUUGGAGUCCUGUUAACCUUUGGCAGUAGUGACUUUAGACUGGCGACAUCGCUGACUUUCUAAGACCUUCGAUCAUUAAGUAGCAUGAAGACUUUGUUUCGGCAGUGUACAUUUGUCAGCAGACAUGAUAACCAUUUCGGUGCCCGUUUUUAACUCCCUUAGACACUUCUGUUCGUCUCUUGGCAGCGAAUGAGUUCUUCGGUGCGACAGGAGCAGCGAGGAGAUUUGAUGUCGAAGGAGGUCCUUCGCAGCCUGCAGCGCCGGCUUGCCGUAUCAUUGAUUCGACAGCUGCAAUGAAGGUGACCGGGCCAGCGUUAGGAUGAUAUCAGUGUCCUCACUGGUGCAGUUAAUGAUGGCGGUAAUGGCUGUGUAUCGUGAGAUUAGAUGCGGUCGAGUAGCGUUGGGAUUGCACUUAGUCCGCAAAUGUUCAACGAAACUGAUCUAUGAUUGCAACGACUGUUGACAGUUUGGACACGAGGGCUGGAUUUUGGCGCUUGCCUCAUUCGUCCACGGCACUUAAAUCUUGCCCGUCUAUCGAAGAUGCCAUAGUCAACGACUUCAAACUUACCAACUCAGAAAGCCGGGAAAACGGUUGGAUGAACAAGUUUUACCGGGGCGAUGUAGCUGAGCAACAGCAGCUGCCAGAGCUCUUACUAGGCAAGGCUGUAUGGCGCCGAGGUUAUUGGGCGCCGGCGUCUUUGUCUGAGCCAUGUCCGCCUGCGGCCGAUCAGCGAAGGACGCAACGUUAUUGGCCUCGAUAUUUCACAAGCUGGCGUCGAGUAGUAAAUGGCUCCGGUGGAGAAUUGUCAGGGAGCGUGAGUCGGACAGGAAGGCGACAUCAGUAAGUGCGGGGUUGGCGAUCGUGGAAGCAGGCUGCCACGGGUCUCCCUCUUUGACUUGGCAGCAGUUAUUCGGUUGACUUCGAAGAGGACUGCUCCAGCCUUUACGGCAUUGCGUCAUUCCAGUAGAUUUUGAGCAGGGUCCUCCCAACUCUUCGGGUUGGCUUUCAGGAGAAUGAGGAAAGUCUUCAAGAUGUUAAUAAAGCAACACUUUUGUUUGCCUUGUCUGAGAUAAUCCGUAGCCGCUUUGGCAGGCGUCAGCACGGUGCCAAUACCGAGGACGUCGUUUCUUUCCAGGAUCGCAUUGUCGGGAAUCCUCUUUUUCAACUUUACCUUCAGCAUUCCUUGGAGACACCUGAGCUGAAAAUGGUUGUUUCUCAUUGUUCGGUCGUUAUAAACACUCCAGAUCCGUCCUGUCCAAUAGAAUUGCCCGGAAAACAACCAUGUAAUCUUCAGUUUUAUGUUGAGCAAGAUACUAUGACGGUUUUAGACGGAUACCUUUAGUCGGCCAUAAGCCUAGAUGGUUUUGAAAUCCAACUUGCACUGUCAUCCUGGACGCUGAUGUCCCAUAAAGCUGUCCUCCCCAGGUAAGUCAAUUUCCACACUACUGCGAGAUGAGCUUCAUAUACUUGAAAACGGGACUCUUCAUAGUAUUCAUUUGGCAUCGAUUGGUGCAGGCCCACUAUAUUUUCAUGGUGAUGGUCAGUGAAAAGUUGGAGUAACCGGAAACGAAGACAUCCACCUUCUUUUGCAUACUCUUUUCUGCCGCGGUACCAACCAGGCAGUCGUCCCUGAGGAGCACAUACUGAACAGAAAUCCUGGAGAGUCGCAUUAGGGCCUACAUGCAUCGAGUAUUCGGAAGCCGACUUUGUGUUAUGUAUAUGACAGUUCGUGAAACAAUUGCAUGAGGAUACUUUUUUCUCAUAUCCUUGAAUUCUGCCUAAGAUAAAGACAAAGGGUUUUGGCAAUUAUUUGUAGGAAGUCGCAAUAAAGCCUCUUUAAUAUACAACUUAUUAUAGGGUUUGUUGGGCUGGUUGGAAACCAAUUCCUCAUACACACUCCCUAUGGAGGCACAGAUAUUCAUGUAACCACUUUUUACCUUCGAUAAAUCAAUGAGAUAUGCACAAGUCCUCAUCUAGGGGCAGGUUAUAUCAAGGGUCCUAUUUGACUCGCCUGACCUUUCAAUAACGGUUAUAUUUUGAUGCUUCAAUGUCCAUUAAUUAUGCAUGAAGCCGCCUCUAGCGUCGCGCUGGAAAUAACCAGAGCCGCAACUUGUUCAGCGAAUGUUUCCGAAAAGUAACGAACUUCUCCGUUACGUGAUACGAGGCGAAGUGGAUGAUAGGUGUUCUCCUUUUUGCAUAAAUUCUCCUCCUGUUCAGAUGCGCGGUGGCUAUUUUCGAUAUUUCAAAGAACAACCAAAGUAAUGCAAAUGCUCAUUAACAAUGAAGUAAAAAUAUUUUCCUUGUUGGGUAUGUUCUUCUCAACCAUCCUCAUAGCGCUAGCUGACACAAUGUUACUUGUUUUAAAUUAAAUUAGGCUACUGGAGUAUCGAAGAAGGAGGUAAAUCAUUAUUUUUUAUGUUACCCCUCCCACAAAAUGUGUGUACAAUUUAAUGAUACUUUCAACGCAUCUUAUUUUCCAACAUUACUCACUUGCUUUUAGAAUAAAGGUGUCACAAGAGGAAACGGUCGAUUGUUUCGGAAAUAUUUCCUAAAUUUUUGCGUUCUUCAGAUGUUUCGGGUGUGCUUAACUAACGAGAGAAUUUUGUAGCCUAGGGGCUAAUCUAAUCUUGCACAGGAGAAAAUCAAAUACCAGGAAAGCGGUCGGUUCCUCAUUUAAAAUGCAAUUUGACAAUGAGUCUAGGAGCACGAUGCCAAAACUUUGCAUGCGUUAUGACGCUGGGGUCAACUAUGCAGGUGGUCAAACGUCACGCUGCUCUGAAAGAAACGUUUUAGACAGAUAGCGCCCUCAUCUACAUUUUAAUUUCCUAAGACUACUUUAGAACCUUAUGCCUAUUAUCAGUCCGACCUACUUUAUUGUUGCAAGUAGCCAAAGUGCACUCGAUGUUCAAAAUGGAGGACGGGUUUUUUGCGAACGCAGAUCGGGAGAACACCACACAUCAAUUUCGGUUCAGCCGUUUUUAUUCAGUGAUCUUCUAGUAAAUUUAACAUUUGCCUAGCCCUUCCGACUAAGAAUGUAUCAAUGUUGCAGGGGAUGAAGUUGAAUCUGCUCUAGUCAAAUUCGACAUCGACUUCAUUUUAACGCAACUUAAGUCGAGUUAUUUGCUGCAAACGUUUUUAUCCUAAAAUCAGUUUAUGUUUAGGUUAUGCGUGUCUAAAAUUGCCGACGUCAUCUUUAACUUCUAGUUUUUGUAAUUACUUUACAAUGCAAACCAGUUACUUCUCUAGAAGUCACCAGCCAUUGUAAACCAUUGCAUCGGCAUUUCAAAAGAUUUUGACCUGAUUAGUAUGAGAAAACCUUAUAGCUGCAUGUACUUUUCGUUCGCCAUUGUUGCAAUGUUUCCAUUCAUACGAAUGAUCUCGCUAUUUAUGAAAAAAGCCUGAAUUAGCCCAGAUUCUCGUCGCUGCCGGAGUGAAAACACGUGACUCUUCAUGUCUUUUAAUCAAGUGUAUUGAGCUCUAAUCAGAAUUUACGCAUUUGCAAAUCACGCUUACCUAACCUUAUGUCUGAAGGCAACGGAAAUCACAUGUCUAAGCUUCCUCUUAAGAUUAUGGCUCGACUUUUUUCUUAUUAAAAACCAUACCCCUAGGACUAAAGAUAAUAGACUUCAUCGCCGCUCGUAACAAGCAGAUUUGCAGAAUAAUCUGCAGAACAUCUGCCUCAUGGCUAUUUUUCCGUGAUUAUCUCAAUAUUUCAGAAUGACUUGUUCCCAGCACAAAUUUAUCCAAACCGAAAAGCGACAAAUGACAGUUUGACCGUCGAUUCCGACGAUGUCCGCUGCGUGCUCAACAGCAAACUGGUCACAAGGAGGAUACCUUGCGCGUACACUAAUUUAUGGUGUUAGUAGGCUUGCCCCGCAUCUGCCGCGCUCUCUCCUUCUCUUUCACCUGGGCCCUGUGUCGUGAUAGAAUCAAGACCGUAGGUGGGAGAGAGGUUGGUGCAGGUGCGCGAGUCACCAUGCCUGUUUCACGUUGCUGUGGAGCGCACGGUGGCCAUCGUCGGUGUCGAAGAUCGAACUGUCACACUGAGAUUGAGCCACUGCAGUCCGACUCUCAUUUCACCAAUCGACCACUCCACACGAAGACACAGUGAGCUGACUGCGGGGUCCGAGCUGAGUCGUUAGUUGGCCUAUUCCAAAACGUGGCUUUUGACGCACUCUGGUAGUCUAAAGAGCGUCAGACUGGUUGUUGUGGAAUAUAGCUGAAAGUCAACCUCACUCUUACUCUUUCCUGUUUCGUACAGUCGCCGAUUUUCCGCGCCUAUCAAUCAGCUGGAGCCGAAUUUAGGAGGAGUGACCGUCAGAGGUAGAAACUAUGCGUCUGCGCGUGCCACAAUUACGACCGGCCCCCACACAAGACACCAAGUUUUCACACUAAGUGGGAAGACUGCUCGGAUCUCACUUGUAGCAGGGGAGCCACUCAGAAAAUUAGCACGGGCGAAAGCGCAACACUGGUAACCAUUUUAGUGCCCAUCAGAUCGGCUGUCAGUAUGAACGAGUGAUAUUGAGCGGGUUCUCUGACAACUGCUAAUAAGUGCUUUUUCAGUGCCUUGUUUACUAGAUCCUCGUGAAUGAAAUAAACGCAUGUUGUAAAAGAACCUAAAGUGCCAGAUUUCUUUAAGCUGUGAUCUAGUGAAAACUGGAACUUCUGCUUCUGAAGACGAAAUUAGCUUAAAAUCAUCAUGUCUGGACGGGGCUCGCUCUGCUUUCCUGACUGAAAAAGGAAAUGGGCGCUUCGAUUUUAUCAUGGCGACGGUAAAUCUCCCAUUGUAAAGUGCUACACACAAAGAUGAAGAACACGGUUUGCAAUUCAUCAUCCAUUAGCCGUUGCCAGCCAUUUAUAUCUUAAUCUCAGGCGCUGCAUUUGCCAGUCAUUGAACAUUCACAUUUAUCUUUUAACCAUUUGGAUAGAGAAAUUUUCUCACCCUAAAUGUGUUAAUAUGGUGGUAGUAGUUCAGCGAGUAAACGCUCAGCUAUUUAAAAAUCAAAUAACCCUCAAAUAAUAAUCUGAUUUUCAUCUAUGGUGUGGAAAUUCUAUUUUUAUAGAGAGCUUGUUGGUAAACUUUGUCUAUAAUGUUUUGGAUGCCAUUAGUUUAACGUACUAAUUUGCAUGACGGUUUACUUUUCCCAUAUUCAGUGAGUCGUUCCCCACGGCACCACAGUGAACCAACAUUAUUAUCUGCAAGUGCUGAGGGGAUUGCAUGACGCAGUGAACAAAAGCGAUCAGAACUCUGCCUCAUUAUGAGAACGCGUCUGCCCACACAGCAUUCAAAACGAACCAUUUUUGGCAAAAAACGGCAUGACAUCGGUCUGUCAUCCUCCUUACUCGUCAGAUCUAGUCCCUUGAGACUUUUUUUCUCAAGAAUGAAGAGACAUCUAAAAAAGCGUUUUCAGAACAUAGAAGAGGUUGCAAAAUCAUUGAAGGCACAUAAUCGUAUUAGUUCAGAAGAUUAUAAAGUGUUUCGAACAGCGGAAGCCCGGUGGGACAAGUGUAUAUCACCCAAUGAACAGUGUUUUGAGGGAAAUUAAUGAUUCUAAGAUGUUACCUUAAGUAUAAAAUUUAAAUAAAUAGUUCCUAUUAUUCGGGUACCUCUCGUGUUUUUGGACGGUCACAGACAGAGCCCUUGAUGACCCUGUAAAUAUACAGUUAAUUUACAUAUUUACUGCCAGUGUAAAUUUCGAGCAUUUAAUAUUGUGUUCGAGUCAAUAUACAACACAGUUAAAAAUGAUUGUUGCGGUUUAAUGAGAAUCACUAUGGAAGAAGGGUGGAGCACGAUGCUGACUACAAGUACUCGCACUGUGAAAAACGCGUUUAGUCUAAAAUAUGCAAACACGCUUCCUUUAAAAAUCACAUAUGGCAUCGGCAGUUACCAUCUCAUUAGACAGCGAGUUGCAUGAUCCGAUUACCCGCUGGCUUCUGAUCUUGUACGGAUUACUCCGUAGCUGGGUCGUGCGUGCAAACUCAAAAAGUUUCUCCAGCCUUAGCGAACAACCAUGGCCAUGGACAAUUCGGAAUUGCCACAGCAGGCUACACAACAAAUUCCUGUUAGGUAGAGAACAUGAAUUAAGCUCUUUCAAUCCGUCCUGGUAUGCUAAAUCAUUAAGACCAUCGAACAUUUGUGUUGCCUUGCGAUUCCCCUGUGAGAGAAGAUCAAUAUCUUCUUUCUUUUAAGGUGUUUAGGCUAGCAUUCCGUAUUCCAAGUGGGGUUUCAUGCGGACGCUGAAGGCUCUUUCGAGGAGUUCAGGAAAAAGAUUUUUUAAAAACACGUCUUAUUCAGUGCAGUGUGCUAGCUGUCUUCUGAAAUACGUUCCUAUAAUGUUCUGACUGCAUCAAGCUCGCGCUCGUCCACAUGGCCGGACCUCUGUGCGUUUCCAAAUCCUUGAAUGUAGUGACGUUUAUAAAAUACUGGUGUUUUUUGAGGCUUUUCGGCCGGCGCUAGGGUUUUAGACUACACAUUUGGAUACAUCCAGCUUAAAAAGUCACCUGUUGGACCACUAGGUUUGUCAAAGUCAACUUUGACCUUCAGCAUAGUUCACUUUGGCCAAUAAUUUUAGAGCUUCGGCGAACAUGACAACUUCACAAUUCAAUCCCUGGUGCAGUCAUUUAUAUAGAUCAGAAGACUAGGGGGCCUAAAACAGAACACUGCGUGACACCAUUUUCAAUCUUUGCCCAUUUCGAGGUAGCAUUGCCAAAACUCUGGACUCCAGAGGAAAGGUAGCAUUCGAUCCUUUUGAACGUUUUCCUCAAAGCCUUGCUCCUCAAAUCUUCUGCAAAUGAAGUCGGUAUGGUAAUCUAUCGAAGACCUUCCCGAAGUCCUAGAAUGCAGCAUCUGUUGGCUUCUUCUCGUUUGCAGCCUUCAUAUAUUCACAUGGGAGCAUAAAAAUUGUGGUAAAGCAAGAUGGUCCUCAACGCAAGUCACGCUGGGUUAUUUGUCUUUAGAUAGUGCACUAGAUGUCGCUUUAUUAUGCGCUCUAUUAUUUCUCAGGCGACUAGACGGUAAUUUUCGGUGUCUAACCUUGAUUUUUGCUGAAAAGUUUAAAGUUAUACUUCAAAAUAAAGCAAUUUCCUCUCCCUCCCUCUCUUCCCCUCUCCCUUUUAGACAGGGCUGAUACGUGCACUUUUCCAUUACACCUGGAGUCUACCUUCUUCGAAAAACUUCUGAAAUUGAAAGAGACGGUGGUUCGCAUGAUUUCUCAAUUAUUUCUUUAAGAGCAAGCGCAAAUAUUCGGUCUGGGGUUACGUCACCUUAAAGAAUCAAGGGAAAAACGGUACGCUUACUCUUCUAAAAUAACAACUUUCCGCCCAUUCAGAUGCAGCACCUCCGAAAGGGCCCGUCAUGGUCACGAAACACGUCUUGGAAUAUCCCGCAUAUCAGAUAUGCACACUUGAUGAGUUAAACACACCGGUGGAUGCCUUAUUGGAAGGAGUUUUAAUUAUGUCCUAAGUCAAACGCUGACUAUUGAAAGACGAUAAAUUUUAGUGUUUUCAUUGUAGCGAGGAGGCGAAAUUUUAACAAAACAGGAAUUUCGGAAAAAUGUUUGCACGCGUAAGACAACUAAAAGGGCAUUUCUAAAGAUUAUAGCUACUUGAAAGGCCCGUUUUAGUCAAGAAGUUAUCAUUUCUAAAUAGAGUUGAGUGAAGUAUUUUGGGCACCGGCAGAAAAAACGAUGUUCGGUAAUAUUUGUCUGGUCGGUCAAUAUAUCCCGCUCAAGAUUUAUAAAAGAAGAUGUAAUGUUCAACAUCAAGGAAGGUAACAAGUUCCGUUAGAUUUAGAGUCCUUAAAGUUGCUUCUGGCUCUUAUGACAACAGAAAAUAUGUCAAUCCAAAUAAACAGAACUGCAAACCUGCGAGCCGGCAUAUUUUAUGAUAAAACGCCUAAUUCAUACUGUCAAAGGGAUAAUUUUUUGUGCUUCCAAUCGCAAGGAAGUUCACAGUACUUGAUCUACUGCCCUCCACAAGUUAGCUUUUGUGAAAAACGUAGAAUUUCCGCCAAAAAUUUAUUUUCACGUAAUCGUUCGACCGACUUCGCCCGUUGUAUGCUCCACAGCAGGGGGUUAGCAGCGACAGUGACCUGCGCAUGAACUGGUUUAUAGUAACGGUAGGUUUGCUCUGCAUCUACUGCACUUCCCCUCCCCACCUCGGCCAGUGUCAUGGCAGAAUCGAAAAGCUCGGUGGCGGGAGAGAAAGCAGGUGGUUUGCACUGUGUAUACCCGCACCUAGGCGUAUCAUCCCAUCCCCUAGUCCACAAAGCACACUGACCAGGAUUUUACACAAAAGCAAAAGGUAAGUUGGCCUGGACCUCACACUAGGUAGGAGUGCUACAGAGGUCACAUUAAGCAGGAGCCCUUGUGGCCUGACUCCUCGUUCAACAGCCCGCCAUUCCAUAAAAACACGCACUGAACUGACUACGAGAUUCAUGUUAUCCCGUCAAAUGGCAACCUUCCAAGUCAAGGCUUCUAGCGCACUGUGAUAACUUCAAGCGCGUCAUAUAGUUUUUGCUGAGUCGUCGAGCUCUCUGUCUAUUUCCAUUCACAGGCCUCCGUUGCUCUUCAAGCCCGUCAGUCGUCUGGUGCAGGGAAUAGGCGCAGUGGCUGACAUAGCUAGUGACCUCGCCUACGUGUGCCACACACACGACCUGUCCCCCAAACACCAAAAUUUCCCCAAAAAUAGGGCGGACGGCAUGAAUCUCAACAGCAAGAGAGUCCCAGAGGAGCCACUGCACCCUGUCUCUCAGUUCAUCAGUCUGCUACUCCACACAAACGCAUACUCAGUUGACUGGGAGGUCUGACUUCCAUCGUCAGUUGGCAACCUUAGCACACUAAUAGUCUUAGAUUCGGAUCACACAUGUAGCAUAGGAGCCACAUGUAGAAGGAGCUCAGAAGCAUACUUUCCGUUUAAGUGAAAAGUGUCAGCUACGUACUUGAGUUGUGUGAUUCUGGGUAAUGCUGAUGUGUGUUGUAGAUUCUAUUGAGAAGAGAUAUGAUUAUUGUUAAUAGAAGCAAAGAGACGAGUCCCAGGAAGUAGUCUUGAAGAAGGAGACACCCUCUACGUGUUCGCAGAUCCGGUUUCUGCACAGGUGUCUCGUCAAUAAUGUGGUACCGAAAUGUGUUUCAUACAAGCCACCGGUAAACACGGAUUUGGCGAGACGAGCAGCAUUUCAGCAUGGCAGAAGGAUGAUCCAAGUGCUCCUCCAAGAUUGCCACGCGAGACUUCGCAAGUACCGUCAAAGGAUUGACCCAGAAAAUACCAGAUGCUGUGAGUUCAUGGCGAGAUCGGUACGAAUCUGCUCCUGCGGAGGGUAGCUGAACAAGCCCGCCAACAGAGAAUGCUACGCGACGCAGCACUGGCGAAAAAAUUCCGAAAGUUGCCCAGAAACGGCAAACGGGUGCACAACCUGUCGUCAAAGGUGCUGACGAAUGAUCAGAUGCAGGUGUUACGGCACUAAGCUUCAUUUAACACGGCUGACGCCAAACCUGUUAACAUGAUUGCAGCAGUGGAAUCAAUCCUUUGUCGGACGGAGGCAACGGAAGAGACUAAGAGCCUCAUCCGAAAUCAAGUGCCGUCUCUCCUGAUGGCCCAUAGGCCGCGGGAAGUGCUUUCCAAGGUCGAACGUGAUGCGCUUAGAGAACUAAAGGCCGACAAAGACCUGGUCAUCGUGCCAGCGGACAAAGGACGCGCCACAGUUGUACUGGACAGAACAGACUACUUUCAAAAAGCCCAAGGUUUACUGGAGGGCCGACAGUUCUAUGUCCCAUGUGCAACGAACCCUUUAAAAGCGCUGACACGCGAAAUUAAUGCUACGUUUUUGGCCUUGGAAAACUCAGGUGCAAUAACACCGGCCGAUUGACGCAUGGCGAGAUCCCAAGGUACGACUUUGGGCCGAUUCUAUGGCCUCCCUAAGGUGCACAAAGACGGCGCUCCUCCCCGACCCAUCGUGUCGCUCAUAGAGACUCCAACGUACGGACUGGCUAAGUGCCUUUUCCGGCGUCUCAAGUUCCUGACCGCUGAGUCAGACACCACGGUCUCUUCGUCAGCACAAUUCCUGGAGAAUCUCAAAGGGGUAAGCCUCCAUCCAAAUGAGGUCACGGUAUCUUUUGAUGUUGCAUCCCCUAUUACUUCUAUUCCCCAGGACCUGGCGAUCGAGAAAAUCGAGCUGCUAAUACAAAGCAAAUACGAUGAAACCGAGAACCGUCUCGGACACGCCCAAGUUCCUCAACACCUGAAGCUCUGUCUCAGAACGUACUUCACGUUCAACGGGACAAACUACGAACAGGUGAAAGGCACACCAAUGGGCUCGCCGAUUUCGGGAUUCAUAGUCGAGGCGGUCCUGCAACGGUUAGAGUCGCUGGUCUUCCAACACCACAGACCGAAAUUCUGGGCCCGGUAUGUGGAUGACACAUUCGUCGUCAUCGAAAGGGAUCAGGUGUUGACAUUCAAAGAACAUCUCAACGCCGUCUUCCCGGACAUUCAAUUUACGGUGGAGGAGGAAGAGAACAACCAGCUGGCCUUCCUGGAUGUCCUUGUAUGCCGCAAGGAUUGUGGUGGACUAAAAACCAAAGUGUUCAGGAAAGAGACAAAUACGAUGCAAGUACUGAACUUCAACAGUAACCACCCAAUUAGCCACAAACGCAAUUGUGUAAGGACGCUCUAUCGGCGUGUCGAAACGCACUGCAGUGAGCCGGAAGACAAAAUUUCCGAACUACAAUACCUCCGACGGUUAUUCAAAGCCAAUGGCUACCCGCGCAACUUCGUCGACCGGUGCAUACGCAAAAGAGACGAAAGGCCUAACCGCACGGACACCAAAUCUUGGCGGGCGAUUCCAUAUGUCAAGGACGUUUUGGAAGCUGUCGGCCGCCUACUCGCACCACUUGGGGUUGGAGUGGCACACAGACCGGAGGCAACCAUCAGGCGUCUGGUCAUAAAAACCGAAAGACCCACUGUCGCGGCUAGAAACGUCUGGAGUCGUUUAUCGGAUCUGGGGCAGUUGCGGACAAAGCAACUACGUCGGAGAAACCGGAAGACAGCUCCGAACGAGAAUGGCUGAACACGCGGCAGCGGUGCGCAGAAAUGACGCCAGCUCUCAAUUUGCGGCUCAUUCGACGAGAUCCGGCCACACAUUCGAAUUCGAUGAGGCCGAAAUUCUCGCAAGAGGUGACAACCGCGUGAGUCGGGAGCUGCUUGAGUCAUGGUUUACUGGCCCCCAGUCUAUUAACAAGUGCAACGAUCUUACCAUUCCAUACUCGGUGCUGAGACUUCGCCUAGGCGGAGUGACAAGCCAUGCGGGAGCGCACACGCGAACACUAUUCCCAACACCGAGGUCGGUGCGUCAGAUGGUCGAGCAAUCAUUACACCAACAUCCAACGCACGUGAUGAAAUUGCAGCUAUUAACGACUCGAAUGUCGGCCAUCAAGCAAUGAUCACACCAAGUGCGACGAUCUCGGAUGAAGGGGGGAGCCGUGAAUGUUCAUAGGUAUGCGGUAGCAUGGCCAAUGCAUCCUAUAAAUACCGCAGCCGCUUGUGCAUCAACCACCCGUUUCGUCUUUUGUCUCUGGUGAUGGAUUCGAGCAGGGAUCCGAAACGUCAGGCUAAUAAAGCUCUUGUCGCGGCGAUCGUGUCUCCUUCUUCAGGAUAUGAUUAUAUGGUAUAGCCGGCAGUGUUCUAUCGCAGGUUUCCAUGAGUGCGCGUGUGACCGAGUUUUUUUCGCGCGGUAGCUGAAUACGCGAGGGCAAUGUGGCCAGUUUAGACGACGACUUCAGGCGUAUUUUGGUGUUCCAGACACUGGUGCGCCGGUCGCCAUGCGAUAGAUUCGCAAAUGACCGACCAGGCCGAUGCGCGAGGUGAGUGUGCGGUGACUGCGGGGCAGGAUAGGUCGGGUGCUGCGUAGUCGGUUUUGGUGGCGGUGCUGUUGGCGUUACGCCCACUGAGAGAUGAACAGUUGAUUUGACUGGGAGUGGGAGAGUUUUCAGAUGUUUGAGAUGUGCUAGAUGUGUCGAUAUUGUGGUGAAUUCCAUUGUCAUGAGUGCGCGUGUGACAGAAUAGGUCCAUGCUGUGUUUGAAGUGCAUUGACAGUGUGAACAGCAAAGGGAAUUCGGCGAGUGUGUGUUGGUGCUCCAGGAACCGGUCCGCUAAUCUCUGUGUUGUGGAUUUGAAAAUGACCGACCAGGCCGACGUGUGAGAUGAAUGUACGAUCACAAUGAGGACAGGUUGUGGCCAUUUGCACGUCUCUGGGCGUGCGGGUCGUGAUGGUGGAGGUAUCGAUGGUUGAUGGGACGUAAAGAGCGUUUUGAUCAGUGCGGGAAUGGUAGGGGUGGUUGUGUUCGUAAUCGCUUGAUUAAUUGCGGCGGAGAUGAUGAGGGGGACGAUGAUCGACGACGGUGGGGCAAAGGAUUCGGAGCAGCGAUGGUGGAGGUGAGCGCCGUCGUGGUCGGCGUGAGGUUAGAGCAGGGAUGAUCAUGGGGGCAGUAGUGCAGUUGUCGAGCGACUGGUGCUUUGGGUUUGAAGAUGACUGAAGAGACCUAGCCGCUCGGCGAAUGUUCCUUGACAGUGUGGGCAUGUUAAGUGGGGUUGGGUGACAAUUUUGCGGGUCGGGAGGACAUGAGACCUGCGAGCUUCUCUUUUCGCGACCACUUUUGCACCACUUUUAUUGCUUUUCUCCAGGCCGGUCUGUUCUGGGCGAUGUCCUCUCAGGUUUUCGGGUAGAGCUGCAGUCACUCCAGAAAUUUCCUCAGUGUGUACUUGUAGUGUCAUAUUUAUUCUCCCUGUCGACGAGUACACAUAACGACAUCUCCGUAGAAGAAUUGCUUUCAUAGGCGGAAGUCAUCCAUUCUCUCUAGGUGGCCACACCACCGUAGUUGCAGUGGCCUUCGCAUGGCGUGGAUACUGAGGAUUGUGGUCCGCUCUAGGACUUCCGUGACGGGGACCUGUCCUGCAACUGAGAUGGAAGUAACUGGGCUUAUUGGCAUUGUUGGAGUAAACAGUCCGGGCCUUCUCUCCGUACAGAAGUAUCGUCAGGACGACAGCCUUGUACAUCUUCAGUUUGGUGUUCAGUUGAAAGCCACGAUGAUUCCACACAUAGUUCUAUAACCGACUGAUGGCUCGGCAGGAUUUGGAAAUCCGGUUGGCUCCUUCGUCACCGAUUCUUCUGCAGGAAAGCGCGCUUCCUAGGUGAGUGAAGUUGUCCACGGUUUUGAAUUGUUUGCCGUCGCUAUGGAUUCUAGGAAGGGUGCUGUUUUGCGGGUUGGGUGACAGUUGGUGCAUGACCACCGUUUUGACCGUGUUGAUGGUCAGUCCGAAGUUGUUGCGUCAGGCGGCGAAGAGGUGCAUGCUACGUUGCAUGUCCUCUUCGGUCGUAUGUUGAGCGCGCAGACGUCGACGAAGAGCAGAUCGUGGACCGUGGUCAUAGAUACCCGCGUUGGAUUCCUCAUGCACGUGCUGUCGAAUAGAUGCCCGUCAGUUCUGCAGGAAAUGCUUAUCCCAGGGCACUCAUCUCGGUAGGCAUUCAGCAGAAUGGCAGAGAACAUGAGGCUGAAGAGGGGCAUGCGAACGCAGCCUUACUUCAUUCCACUGGUCACUACGAGUGCCUCGGAGAUUGUUACUUUUUAAGUGACUCAUCACCAUCCCGUCGUGGAUCUGACGUACCAUCUCCGUGGAUCGCUCAUGAGAGCUGAAUUUCUGCAUGCUUUCCCAGUCCCUCGCGAUCCACUUUGCUGAACACUUUCACGUUAUCCAUGAAGGUAGUGUUAGGUUCGUGUCUCCUGACACUUUUCCUGUAGCUGACGAACGGCAAAGACCAUGUCGGCGUUCCCUCGGUGUCGUCGGAAGCCACAUUGGCUUUUCGGUAGAAGUCCUCGCUCGGGGUGGCUGUUGAGACGACUGAAGAGAAGGCGAGAAGAUCUUCCCGGCGAUGUUUAGUAACGAGGUGCAGAUGCCUCUGUGGAUACCACAUAGUUGCCGGCUCCCUUUGCGCUUGCAUGGUGAACGAUGGCCCAGAAGUCCUAGAAGGCCUGUCCCUGUCGCCGCAUCCCUUCGAAGAACGUUAUGAGGCGAUACAUCGGCCGGUGGCCGCUGUGCUUGCAUACUUUGACUGGAAUCUCAUCAGAGCCUGGUCUUUUCCCACUGGAGAGUUGUAUUACUGCGCGGAUGGUUUCUGGAAGGAAGAGCUGGAGAUCCAGGUCGAUGUUGACUUCCGUUUGAGGGAGCAGAUCGAUGGGGGGGUCGGAGAUUGUGGAGGAGCGGCUAAAGAAGUUUCAGGAGUGCUCGGCCUAGCGCUCCAGAAUCUUCGACUUCUCUAUCGGAAGCUCUGAGCCGUCGGAACUGAGAGGCAGUGCAGUUGCUUUGGCAAGGCGCCUUAAAUACGGCUAAGAAGUUCUUUGUUUCUCUGAUACCAGCAUACCCCUGGAUUUCCUCGGCCUUCCAAGCCAUCCAUGUGUCCCGCAUUACUCGCAACCGUUGCUGCACGAGGCGACGACAUUGGUGAAAGGCAGUUUUGUUUGCACUGGUCGGGCAGUAAGUGUGGGCUCUGUGCAGCCUGUUCUUUUCGGCGAGCAGGUUUCCGAGAGCUGAGCUUUUCGGCGAACCAGUCCUGGUGCUGAUGACGUACACGACCGAGGACACCCAGGGCGUCCUCGUGGUUGGCACCACCGAGUCUCCACGGAGGCGUCUACAUCUGGAGCUAGCGCGUCCUCCAGGCGACGGGUUAGUUAAUUUCUGAAAUGCAGACGGUUAGCAGGGAGUAUCAACAAAUCAAUAUUUAACUUACCUGGUGGUCGCUUGCCUUGUGUCACCCUGCAGAGUUGUUGUCGGAGCCUCCUUAUGGAGCUGUAGAGGCGGUAGUCCUUCUAACCAUCGGCGUCACAUAUUACCCUGGCCACCAGAAAGUCCUGUCGACCUCGCCUCCGAAGGUGGACAUAGUCCAGCAGCUGCCAGCACCGCGACUGGGGUGCAUCUACACUGCCUUCACCCGCGCCGGGAGGCAGAAAAAGGCGGUGGUUAG